AUGGAGGAUAUUGCAUUUGAACAUUUUGACCCUGAAUUUGAGUUGGGCAAUUUAGACAUAAACGGAAAACCAAUCAAACCCCGUAAAAAGCCAGGUCGAAAGCCCAACCCACCUUCUCCUGCACAACGAAAGGCUCAAAACAGAGCUGCGCAACGAGCUUUUCGUGAACGUAAAAGGCGUGAAAUGCAUGAUGCAGAGACAAAUAUCAAGAAAUGUUUACAGAUGCGCGAUCAAGCUUUGAAGGAAGCCAAAUCACUUCAACUCAAAGUGGACGAAUUGCGCUAUGAAAAUAACUUUUUGAAAGGCCAGUUAUUAACCUUUAAAAUCACUUGCAUUGCAAAUAGAGUGGAUGUACCAAAGUUUUGGGAUACAGGAAAAAGGGAUAAAAUGGGCUCAGAUGAAACAACGUUCUCACGAACCAAAGAUAUUCCGCAACCUUUGGAAUUUUUUUGGAUAACAAAAAAUGUAUUCUUACAAUACUCCUCACCACCACCAGAAACACCUCAACCCUUUAAUUCAACUGCAUCAACAACAUCAAGUGACAAUACUUUUAGUUCAGGUUUAGAGACAUUUUUAUCUUCUCCCCUCUCUAGCUCUUUACCUCCAGAUUUCUCCUUCGAUGACAUACCCAAUCUUAUUCAAUCGGCUACUCAUUUGGAUUUAGAUCCUACAUUAAUGCAAUAUCUAUUACAGCCUGACACAGUAACAGACUUUAUUAAUCAAAUGAAGGAUGUACCACCUGAGCUUUGGUUGAGUCAGGUUCCACCAGAGCUAGUGGCUCUUGUCCCUCCAGAAAUUCGAUCUUAUUUAUCACAACCUCCUCCAGAGUUACACAGUAACGUAAGCCAAGAUUCUAUGGAAUAUGCAACAUCUUCCCCUCAACCAUCAACUCCACCACCUUCAGUCCCUAGCAACUUCCAGCCAAAGAUUCCAGUCGAAGGUGAUUUCUGGAUGGAUAUCAAGGAUACAAAUUCGUCGCCAACCAAUAAGGUUUAUGUAGCUGGUCCUAUAUCUCCCUUGGAUGCCGUAAAUCAAAUGAGGACAAUGAGAGACCAAAAUGACAAUCGCUAUCUCUUAACACCAACUGAAUUACAACGUAAAGUGCCACAUGAUCCAAGAAUCGAUCUGAUCCCUGGACCUACCAUGCGUGACUACAUGAUUCUUUUCCAAGAUUUUUAUGAUGCCAAUGAACUAUUCAACACAUUAAUUUCAACAGCCAUGUUUAUUGGAGGCGAGUUAGGAAAUCCAGAUUGUUGGUUUGUGCCGCCCAACUUCAUUCGAAAAUACUGGUUUUUGUGUCCUAAUCAUCGACCUACCCGGCUGGACAACUCGGUUGAAUUGGCAGUCUUUUUCGGCCAAAAGUUCUUAGACUCAUUGAAACGUAGAAAAGAGAUGUAUAUCAUGCGAGAUGAAUAUGUGGAUCAUUUCCUUGAACCCACCCUAGAUGAUGUAGGUAGAGCUUAUGAUGAGAUGGAGGAUGAUGAACAUUUAGGUAGAGUAUUUUUUUACAAGUAUUUACUACUCAUUGAUAACAUCAACAAAGAAAUUCCUAGGAUUAUUUCUCCUAAUCCUUUUACAGUUUAA